AUGGAUAAUGCUGCUUGGCCAGCAACUCUCCUUGCUCUGCUUCUUUUAAGCUCAAAACUUUCACACUCAAUGAAUCAAAGUUUUGAGGGGACUACACUAAGAAUAAGGGAGAUGUUCGACAAGAUUGAUCUCUCGGUUUCCUCAUACGACACAGCUUGGGUAGCAAUGGUCCCUUCUCCGAAUUCCCCAAAGUACCCGUUUUUCCCCGAAUGCAACAUCCAUCUUGUUCUUUUAGGGCUACACUUUAUCGAAUCAAAUUUAGCUUCAGCUGCUGAUGAAGAACAACAAUCCCCUGUUGGAUUUAAUAUAUUAUUUCCUGCGAUGAUUGAAUCUGCAACGAAUUUGAAGAUGAACCUUCCCUUCGGUGGACCAACGCUAGAUGCUUUAUUUCACAGAAGAGACUUUGAGCUGAAAAGAGGUUAUGCGAGCAACUCAGAGGGGUGGAGAGCGUUCUUAGCAUAUAUUUCAGAAGGAUUUGGAAGCUCGCAGGACUGGGAGCUGGUCAUGAAGUAUCAAAGGAGGAAUGGAUCUUUGUUUAAUUCGCCAGCAACCACCGCCUCUGCUUUUACUCACCUUAAGAAUGCUGAUUGUCUUAAGUACCUACGCACACUCUUAGAAAAGUUUGGGAACGCAGUUCCAACGGUUUAUCCUCUACAUAAACAUGUCCGUCUUUCUAUGGUUGCCAGUCUUGAAAGUUUGGGUGUUGAUCGACAUUUCAGGGAGGAAAUUAGAAGUGUACUGGAUGAAACAUACAGGUAUUUCAAUUUUGGGUACCUUGUCUUUCAUGACUUUGUUUUGGCAAAAACAAAUGCAACUGAUUUAUGCUGUCUUUUAGAUCCAUUAACUCAAUAUUCAGAAGAUCGUUUCUUCAAUUCCCUUGGAGGGUAUAUGAUGAACAUCGGUGAUGCCUUAGAAUUGUUUAGGGCUUCAGAAACCAUCAUACAUCCAGAUGAAUCCGUUCUAGAGAAACAACAUUACUGGACGAGUCAUUUUCUGAAACAGGAGUUAUCCAAUACUUUAAUUCAGGGUCAUAGACUGAAUAAGCAUAUCGGCCUAGAGGUUAGUUGUUUGAAUAUUGGAAAUGAAGAUUUCCUAAAGCUGGCUGUGGAUGACUUCAAUAAUUGCCAAUCUAUACACCGUGAAGAACUCAACCAUUUUACUAGGUGGGUUGAGGAGUACAGAUUAGACAAGCUAAAAUUUGCUAGGCAGAAGCAGGCAUACUCUUACUUCUCGGCUGCUGCAACCCUUUUUCCUCCCGAACUAUCAGAUGCACGCAUAUCAUGGGCCAAAAAUGGCGUCCUUGCGACUGUGGUCGAUGAUUUCUUUGACGUUGGAGGUUCCGAAAAGGAACUGAUAAACCUCAUACAAUUGGUUGAGAAGUGGGAUGUGAAUGUGAGUGUUGAUUGUUGUUCCGAGAAUGUUGAAAUUAUAUUUUCAGCACUCAAGAACACAAUCAACGAGAUUGGAGCCAGGGCAUUCACGCGGCAAGGACGCAGUGUGACAAGUCAUGUGAUAGAGAUUUGGUUGGAUUUGAUCAAGUCUAUGUUCAAGGAAGCCGAGUGGUUGAGAAACAAGUCAGUUCCAACAAUGGAGGAGUAUAUGGAAAAUGCAUACGUAUCAAUUGGCUUGGGACCAAUUGUCCUUCCUGCUCUCUAUUUGGUUGGGCCUAAGCUUUCAGAGGAGGCUGUUGGCAGUUCCGAAUUCCAUCAUCUGUAUCGACUUAUGAGCACUGCUGGGCGCCUUCUCAAUGAUAUCCAAGGGUUUAAGAGAGAAUCUGCAGAAAGGAAGCUAAAUGCUGUGUCCUUGGCCAUGAUUCAUGGCAGCGGUGUUACUGAGGAAGAGGCCAUUAGCGAGAUGAAGAAUGUAAUAGUCAGUAAGAGAAGAGAAUUGCUAAGAUUAGUUUUGCUUGAGAAGGGUAGCGUAGUUCCGAGAGCUUGCAAAGAUUUGUUUUGGAACAUGAGCAAAGUGCUGCACCUGUUUUACGCUAAGCAUGAUGGAUUCACAGCACAUGAUAUGAUGAAGACGGCAUACGCAGUAAUAGAAGAACCCAUCCUUCUCAGUGAACUAUUCAGAAAACUUGCUUAUCCAAUGCUAUUAACAAAGUUAACUAAGUUUCAAGUCUACGAACCAGUCUCUCCCAAAGCAGCCAUUGCCAUCUCUGCAUUUGCUUGCUCCUUUCUCUAA